AUGUCGAACCCCCCUCAACUCCCCGUGAACCCCGCCACCGCUACCGAAGAGGAGCUCGAAUCGUUCAGACGCCAAUGGCGAGAGGAGGUCUCGGCGCGCGCUAGACAUGCCCAGCCAUCUUCUAGCGCUGCGCAACGCCCGGCACACGCGAGUUCGAGUAGACCGCACACGUCUCAUCAAAGGGACAAGGCGCCGCUACCCUCGGACCGGCCCAGGGAUCUCCACAUCGAUGACGCGGAACCACACACAUAUCAUGAUUUGGGCGAGAAGCAGUUUGGCAGGAAAUUAGCCGAUCCGGCGCCAGAAUCGUCCACGGUUCCUGUGUCGGCAUUGGAACACUACGAGGAAGCCGUCAAGAGCGAGACACAAGGCAAGUUGGGCGACAGCGUGAAUCUCUACCGGAAGGCAUUCAAGUUGGACGCAACGGUUCAAGACAUCUACAAGAAAAAGCACUUUCCGGCCGCGUCCUUCCCCAAGCAGAAGGCCGCGAAUGCGAACCCAUCGAAUGCUCCUGUUACGGUGCCCAGCAAUGCCCACCACUCACUAGCCGGCUUCUCUUCAAACAUAAGCGAUCUGGUCUCCUCGUUUGCAUCCUUGUCCAUCCCAGGAGAGGAGCCGCCGACCGACCUCUCGCCACCGCCGCCAUGUCCCAUUGCCGAACUUCCUGAGGAACUGCUCGCCGAUAUUCUGAUGUACGUCGCCUCCAACGAUGUUGCACAGUUUGCCCGUCUCUCCCAGGUCUGCAAGAGAAUGGCAUAUCUGGUUAUGACCGAAGAUCGGGUGUGGCGCCAGAUCGCUCUCGGAGAUGAGUUUGGAUUUGCUGCAAUGCAUUACAAGUGGACCUGCAGAGUGGAUGGUCAACCACUGGGUGACGAUGGCGGAGGGGGGCGGCUCCUCUCCAGUUACACUGGUGUACCGGAUCCCGAGGAAGAAGAAGAAAGACAAGAGGCUGUGCGAAGAACCAAGCUGAUUGAAUCGGCCUUACACACCCUGCCUCUUGUCCCCGACCCGUAUCCGGGUUUCCGCAGCCUCUUUCGCUCAAGACCUCGCGUUCGGUUCAACGGUUGCUACAUCAGCACUGUGAACUACACACGACCUGGUGCGCAACAGAGCAACACCUUGACUUGGGGAGUCCCGGUACUCAUUGUGACGUAUUACCGUUACCUCCGCCUCUAUCGUGACGGCACUUGCAUUUCCCUUCUGAGUGUAGCCGAGCCACAUGACGUGGUUCCACACCUCAGCAAGGAAUACUUGCACGGCAAGAACGGGGCCAACUCUCAUUCCACCCUGCCGCAGGCAGUGAUGAAGGACGCAUUGCCUGGUCGAUGGCGCCUAUCCGGCCCAGAACACCCCGUGGAUCCAAUGCUUUGGCCGUCUUCUUCCUCAUCAUCAUCACCUUCUACCCCCGCCGAGCCUGCUUCUGUGGCCGAAGAUUUCCCAACCAGGAACAUGCAUGAGCCGCCGGCGUCUCUGGAUUCGUCACUCUCCCCUGCCGAGACCGAGGGCGUUUUGCACGUAGAGACGGAGGGAGUGACGCCCAAGUACAUCUACCGCCUGGCUCUUGCGCUGGGCAACGCAGGCAAGGGUGCUCGUAAUAACAAACUUGGUUGGCAGGGCUUUUGGAGCUACAACCGCCUCACGGAUGACUGGGGUGAGUUCGGCAUGAAGAACUAUAAGCCGUACUAUUGGAGCCGUGUGAAGAGCUGGGCCUGA